AUGGAGAAAAUAAAAGGGAGAAAUGUUAAUCCAGAUCAAUGUACGAUAAGCAGGAUCGCUUGUAUGUACAUUUCAUUAAAAUUUAGUGUACUAAGCAGUGAUGUGAGUGUUUCAUUGCGUGUUAUUGUGAAAAAUUCAAAGCAUUUAACUAGAUUUAGACAAAAAAUGAGAGGAACACCCAGUAGCGCCGUGGUCAAUGGUGAAUAA